GUGCUGGCGCGACAUGAUUUCAGCCUUUCCGCGAUUUCGGCCCGCCGCUGACGCGCGCAGUCGCAUGCAGCUGCUGGGCACGGACGGCGCCGGCCUUCCCAUUGUACUAAUUCGCAACUAUGACGGAAAACGGGGCGACGCCCUCGCUUCCGACGUCGAGAAGGCGCUCGGGAUCCACAUGGUGCACCAGGACCCGCAGCGGAACAUCAGCGGGUGCGGCGGUGCGGCGCAGACCGAUGCGCCGUCCGACAAGUACCAGAUCAUCAAGGGCAUCAUCAACUACGAGUUCGUGCACGGCGAAGAGUAUGUGGACAGCUGCAAGGCGCUCGAUAUGGCGGGUCGCGAUUUUGUCGCGAACGCGCUCUCCCUCAUCGAGCCCCACCUGUGCGAAGCGUCGACUCUCGCCGCACUGCCCGCCCUCGACGCGCUGCCGACGACCGCCAGGCCGCUCGGCAAGGACUCGGUCGACAAGGACUCGAAGCCAAGCCGUGUCGAGACGCAGGUCCUCUCGUACCCGGCCGGUACGGCUGAGGUAGGCUACCACCCGCACGUCGACAAGACGGGCACGCGCUGGGUCGCCCUCGCCAGCCUCGGCACCGCGCCGUGCGACUUCUUCUGGGACAUCGCACGCCCGGACAAGCAGCGCAGGAGCUGCGCCGCCGGCUCUUCAGGGUUCAACGCCGGCUCCUGCGAGCGGUGGGACCCGGACGCGGCGUCGCGGCAUGGCAGCAAGGGGCGGCCGACCAAGCUCAAGGGCGGCAAGGCCGCCGAUCGCGUGCCGUGCCGCAGCUGCCGAACGGUGACGAUGGCGCCCGGCGACGUGCUCGUCUUUUGCGGCGAGCCCUUCUCCUCCCGCGUCGUGCAUGGCGUGGACUCGGUCGGCGCGUCCGACCCGCUGCGCGAGGCCGCGGUGAACGCCGCCGGGCUGGGAUGGCUCCGCGGCCGGCGCAUCUCUUUGCUGGCGCGCGGCGCGAACCACCGCGAGCGCAUCGUCGAGUACGACCAGAUGCACGAGCACUGCACCGCAGAAUACCUCCAGAGGGUCCUGCCCGGCGAGCCCGCUUGCCUCCACGGCGUGAACUGCUACCGCAAGAACCCGGCUCACUGGUUGGAAUACGACCACCCCGCCGACCACCCGCACCUCGCGCCGCCCGCCGCGCCGCCGCCGACCGCCGUACUGCCGCCGCCCGCCACGCCGCCGCCGCCGCCGCCCGCCGCGCCGCCCACCAAGAAGCGCGCGCGGCCCGACGACGACGGGGCCUCGCCGCCGCCGCUGAGAGUGCCGGUCGCGCGGAUCGACCAGGCGAAGGAGCUCUUGGCGCUGCUGCGGACGACAGGGGAGGCGACCGAGCGCAGGCUGGCAGUUCGCGGGUCCUCCUUCUCUGGCGACCAGAAGCUGAUGCAGUUCGCGAAAAAGGCGGCGGACCGCGACGACGUGGCGGCGGACCGCACGCCUGGCCGGUCGAGGCGGCAGCGGUGCGGCAAUUGUGGGUUGCUCGCGACGGAGCACACGCGAUCGAGCCGGGGGCAAGGGGCGAGCGCGCACGCCGGAGAGAAGUACUACUCGUGCUCUGUGACGAGGAACUGCCACAACUUCUCCGAUGACGAGAAGCGCCGGGUAGGACUGCGAGUGAUGUGAAGGGCCGUGCCCGAUAGAGCGCAGCCAAGACGAAGCCGUGGGGGGGCUUGGUCUUUCACCACGCAAGCAAUGUACUCCAAU